CAGGCAGAGCCAGAAAAUGAAGAACAAUAUGGCCACGACUACCAUUGCUGGACAUAAGAGAAAAUCGCCACCAGAUGAUGUGUGUACUGAUGUCGACUUAUCAAUCAGCUUUCAGGAUGGGAAUAAGUUGUUCUUCAAGGUGAAGCAGAAUUUGGAGUUUUUUAAGGUAUUCAGAGAUUUCUGUAAUAGAAAGAAGUUGGAAUACGAGACCUUGAAGUUCAUACACGAGGGUACUGAAGUUAAGGGGCGUCAAACACCCAAAAUGCUGAAUUUGGAAAAUGGUGCCGAGAUCUUUGCCGUGAGAAGCCAAGUUGGAGGUGGUGUUUCUUAUUGAGAGGGGUUAUUUCAAUUGGUAAGAUGUUGGAAAAUGGUUGUUACACUGCAUAACCUUAUAUUUGCUUAACUGUUAUGGUAUUUAUAUUAUAAAAAAACCUAGUACUUUUACUGUUUGUAAAUUAGACUGUAAUAUGGAUUUAAGAACAGAAGAUUAAAUUAAAA